UAUUUUCCGCUGCAUGACGGAAGACCGCAGUGAGACAAGCUGCGGCAGAAAGUUAAAGCUAAACAAACGUGGAGCCGUAAAACUCUCGGUGACAGUUGUGUAACUUUAGCAGCUUGACGAGCACCUGGUGCCGCCGAGAGUUAAACAUGUUUUCCCUGUCAAUGACGGUUCAACCUCAGGUGACGGUUCCCCUCAGUCACCUCAUCAACGUCCUCCACUCCCUGAAGAACUCGGUGGGCAGCAGCAGCAGCAGUAACAUCAGUGCCACCUGCAAGACAAGGAAACACAAGGAGCAUGUGUCAGACUCGGAGCUCCACUGCACAGAGGUACGAGACAGCGGGAGGGAACUCAAGCCCAUGUGGAACCUGCGGGAGCUUGGAUUAUUGGACCUGGGAGCACAGCAGCUCAAUGAGCUUGUGAAUCGCGUGUUUCCAAGCCUGAGCAUGCAGGAGGUACUGCCCCCACUGGGCGGUCAGACCGCUUGGAGGACCUCCCAUCUAUCUACUCAUUCCUUUUUCAACAACAAGCACGGGUUCUCUUGUUUUUCCACACCAAUGUCAGCUCAAGUUUUUUCCAGACAGCAUCCUUCACCUCUUCAGUAUGUCUGCACAAAGCUUCAACACUGGCCAGUGUUGUUCCAGAGCAGGGGUUUUAAAACGUUAAGGAGUAAAACCAGACGUCUGCAAUCCUUUGAGCGUCCUGUGGAAUCUGAGGGGUUUACACCGUCUUUUAUGAAGGGUCUCCUUUCACGUCACAAGGGGGUUGAAGUGGAAAAUUUAGACGGCCUAUUGAAGAACAAGAACGUGCCUAAUGGACAACAGGAUGCUUUCAAGAGGGGCUUUGCUGAGGGUUUCCUGAAAGCACAAGCCCUGACACAACGCACACAAGACUCUCUGAGGAGGACUCGUCUCAUCCUGCUGGUGCUGCUUCUUGUCGGGGUGUAUGGCAUCUCCAAAACCCCCUUCCUAUCGGUUCGGUUCCGAACCACAUCAGGCCUGGACUCGGCGGUGGACCCAGUCCAUAUGAAAAACGUGACAUUUGAGCACGUCAAAGGAGUGGAAGAAGCAAAGAACGAGCUGCAGGAAGUGGUGGAGUUUCUGAAAAACCCACAGAAAUUCACAGCGCUGGGAGGAAAACUGCCUAAAGGUGUCCUGCUGGUUGGCCCUCCAGGAACUGGUAAGACCCUACUGGCCAGAGCAGUGGCCGGAGAGGCUGAUGUUCCAUUCUACUACGCCUCCGGCUCAGAGUUUGAUGAGAUGUUUGUUGGAGUGGGAGCCAGUCGCAUCAGGAACUUGUUCAGGGAGGGUAAAGCUAAUGCUCCUUGUGUGAUCUUCAUUGAUGAACUGGACAGUGUGGGUGGGAAAAGGAUCGAGUCUCCUAUGCAUCCUUACUCCAGACAGACUAUCAACCAGUUACUUGCUGAGAUGGAUGGGUUUAAACCAAAUGAAGGCGUGAUCAUCAUUGGAGCAACAAACUUCCCAGAAGCUUUGGAUAACGCACUGGUGCGUCCAGGACGCUUUGACAUGCAGGUGACUGUCCCCAAACCAGAUGUGAAAGGACGUACAGAGAUCCUCAACUGGUACCUGAGGAAGAUUAAAGUGGAUCCAGCUAUUGAGGCCAGUAUUAUUGCCCGGGGCACGGUUGGCUUCUCGGGCGCUGACCUGGAAAACCUGGUGAACCAGGCAGCCCUGAAGGCAGCAGUUGAUGGCAAAGACAUGGUCACAUUGAAGGAGUUGGAGUUUGCCAAAGAUAAAAUCCUCAUGGGUCCUGAAAGGAGGAGUGCAGAAAUAGACAGUAGGAACAAACGCAUCACAGCAUAUCAUGAGUCAGGUCAUGCGAUUGUAGCUUACUACACCAAAGACGCGAUGCCAAUCAACAAGGCUACUAUAAUGCCCAGAGGCCCAAGUCUGGGACAUGUGUCUAUGCUUCCAGAGAAUGAUCGCUGGAGUGAGACUCGCUCUCAGUUACUGGCACAGAUGGAUGUUAGCAUGGGUGGACGUGUGGCUGAAGAGAUUAUAUUUGGCCAGGAGAACAUCACAACUGGAGCAUCAAGUGACUUUGACAGUGCUACUAAGAUCGCUAAAUCGAUGGUGACCAGAUUUGGAAUGUGUGAAAAGCUGGGUGUGAUGACCUAUGCUGACAUGACGCGACAAAGUCCAGAGACGCAAGCUGCUGUCGAGCAUGAAGUCAGAGCUUUACUGAAGGAGUCCUACGAGCGUGCCAAAGCCCUGCUGAAGUCUCACGCCAAGGAGCACAAGAACCUGGCAGAAGCUCUGCUCAUGUAUGAGACACUGGAUGCCAAAGAGAUCCAGAUGGUCGUGGAGGGCAAGACCCUGGAGACGAGAUGAAAGCAGCAAGGAAAGCAACAAAGAGGGUGUUGUAAUUAAAGAGCUCAGGCAAUAACGGAGGAUGGACUCCAUUUUAAGCAGUGAAUCAGAGGAGCCUGUAUUCAGACUUGGUAUUAACAGCCAUCCUGAGUGAUCCAGUCACAUGUAGACAUUGGCAUUGUGGCUGUGGUUACAUGUGAUCAGAUCUGCUUUCACCAUGCUGUACACAGAUACACACUGACAUGUCAUGUGGGUGUGCAACCUGCUCUGCACAGACUGGGAUGUGAUCCUCCUCAUAAUGUAGUAGUUUCUUUACAUCACGCUUGAUGUGCAUAAUAGUUUGCAUCCGGGUUAUUCGCAAUUUCGUUCCGUCCGGUGUGCAAAGACCUUUAGAACAAUAACUCUACAGAUAAAGUCGCGAGUUUUGUCGCUAGUCGUUUUUAUUCAAAAAUAGUCGCUAGAUCUCAGAUCUCAAGACACAUUAGUUUAGUCCCAACCUGAGCUUAUCUUUGUUGACGUGUAACCAUGGACCACUCAGGAUGGAUUUACAGACCGGAUCUGAAAGCGUUCUGAUUCUCUUGACAACUGCUCAUGUGGGACAGUGUCAUGUCUUCAUGCUGUCUCCUUCAUCACAGACUAUCGUCAUUAUUCCCCUGACAAUUUACUUUCUUCUUUGUAACUUAAAGAUGUUUUUUUUCCACUUUUGUUCCCGCUCAUGUUCUUUGAAUGUGGGGUUGGUGAAAAGGUGACAUGUCUAAUGUUAAAGGGCCAAUAUGAAAGAUAUGCAACUAGGGUUUAGAGACUUGAGGUUGCCGGGUAGUUUGACAACCCCACAUGAAUUAAAAGAGUUAAACUUUUUUCCCACAACAUAAACGGCUUGUGUUAUUAUCAUCCAUCAGUUGUGUACUGUGUGGUAUAUGUUUGAAAAGUCCUGCCCUGCUCUUUCUCUCUACUCUCUGUUGCUUAAAGGUGGCCUUUUGGUGGAAUGUACUGUAGCUGUAUAUUUUUUCUUUUGAAAUCAGGAGUGUAAAAAGUCAAAAGAUCUCUGUCUCAGCAUUUGGGAUAAGUGGGAAAAAAAAAGGAAACUAAACUUGUGCAAUCUAAGUAAUUCAUUUCAUGUAUGGUUUGUGUACAGAUUGAAGAGAAACUGCUGCGCAGCCUCAAAAAUCAUGCACACAAUUCAAGCUGCAUUUAUGUCGUGGGAUCUUAAGGAUUUAAAAGUGGAACCAUUGGUUUAAUUUAUUAAAAUACUCUUUAGUUUGCGUUCAGAAAAGCCUUGGAGCACAAAUAUAUAUAUAUUUUUUGUAUGUAAUCUGUGGAAGAAGAUGCGAGAUAAACAAAGUUUAAAGAUUUCAGUGUGACCUCUCUUAAACACAGUCUGUAGGAAUAGACACUUGUGGUAAUGUCUUCAUUUUAAAUAGAAUUGUGGAAACAGCAACAAUAUAUGUAAUAUUUAAUUUACUACAAAGUGUGGCUCAAGAUUACCCACUAUUGUUGCUCCUAUAAUCAUAGUGUUAAUGUUUCUUUUAGUGUUAUUUUACCCACGGUUCGCCGUCUAUAUGUGUGACGUGUGAUGGGAACUUUGUAAAUAGAUGUAUAGUAAAAAAGUGCUUUUAUGCUGCUGUGCACACUGAAUGGUUCUUUGCUGUGGACUCUCAGGAGUCUGUUGAACACUGAGGAUGAUGCGUGAUGAAUGUAUGUGCAGCUCAAAGAAAUAAAAAGAAACCCACGUAGACAUUU